CCCCUCUUCCCCCCUUCCACCCCCCUCGAAUUGUCCCGAGCUUGGUGCCCCGUUUUUUGUGGACCAUGGAUACGCACACGCGGUGGAAAAGGCGCAGUUGGAUACGGAGCUGCUCGGUCCCUUCUGUCCUGGUGCUGCUGGGUGCUCUGGCUCUCGGGAGGGCAGCUGAUCCUGCAGACCUCUUGAAGGUGUUAGAUUUUCACAAUUUACCCGAUGGUAUAACAAAAACAACAGGGUUUUGCACAAGCAGAAGAUCUUCAAAAGAAGCAGAUGUGGCUUACAGAGUAACAAAAGAUGCUCAGCUUAGUGCACCCACAAAGCAGCUGUAUCCUGCUUCCCCAUUCCCAGAGGACUUCUCCAUUCUAACCACUGUAAAAGCGAAGAAAGGAGGUCAGUCCUUCUUGAUCUCAAUUUACAAUGAGCAAGGGAUCCAGCAAAUUGGUGUGGAGAUGGGUAGAUCUCCUGUAUUCCUGUAUGAAGACCAUACAGGAAAACCAGGCCCAGAAGACUAUCCUCUCUUUAGAGGCAUUAACCUAGCAGAUGGCAAGUGGCACAGAGUAGCUAUCAGUGUGCAGAAGAAAAAUGUCACCUUGAUUUUGGACUGUAAAAAGAAGAUCAGCAAGUUCUUGGAUCGCAGUGACCAUCCCAUCAUCGAUGUCAAUGGCAUCAUUGUCUUUGGAACAAGGAUACUGGAUGAGGAAGUCUUUGAGGGUGACAUCCAGCAGCUCCUGAUCGUGGCGGAUCCCCGAGCAGCCUACGACUACUGUGAACACUACAGCCCCGACUGUGACACGGCCAUCCCUGACUCCCCUCAGUCCCAGGACCCCAACCAGGAUGAAUAUUACACUGAUGGGGAGGGAGAAGGUGACACCUACUACUACGAGUACCCUUACUAUGAAGAUGUGGAUGAAGCUGUAAAGCCAGAAGCACCCACCACCAAACCUAGCACCCCUGAAGUGGCUGCUGGAGAGAGACCUGAAACCAAGCAGGACUACCCUGCCCCCACCCCAUCACCUGAAAGAGGGAACCUGGCAAAGCAGAUAAAAGGGGAUGCUGCAGUGGAUGACCCACUGGUGGAUGAGUACAACUAUGAAACCGUCAAUGAGGAGUAUUUCACACCUCUGCCCUAUGAAGAUGUCAACUACAACUCAGAAAUAGACCCCCAGGGGGGACUGACAGAAAACGCCGUGGAAGCUGAACUCCCCACAAGCACUGUCAUCACCUACAAUGAGACCAAGGAUGCUCAAGGAGGAGACGACCUGGACAAGGAUUUCACAGAGGAAACAAUCAAGGAAUACGAUGGGAAUUAUUACGAUAAUUAUUACGACCGAACGGUCUCUCCCGACAUUGGCCCUGGGAUGCCUGCUAACCAGGACACCAUCUACGAGGGGAUCGGGGGCCCCCGGGGAGAAAAGGGACAGAAGGGGGAACCUGCGAUCAUUGAGCCGGGUAUGCUGGUGGAAGGCCCACCUGGUCCUGAAGGCCCAGCAGGCCUUCCAGGACCUCCAGGACCAACUGGACCUGUGGGCUUAAUGGGUGACCCUGGGGAAAGAGGACCACCUGGUCGCCCAGGUCUCCCAGGAGCAGAUGGUUUACCAGGACCACCAGGGACAAUGCUUAUGUUGCCAUUCCGCUUCAGUGGAGGAGGAGAUGCUGGCUCCAAAGGACCUCUCGUUUCAGCCCAGGAGGCCCAAGCCCAAGCCAUCCUCCAGCAGGCCAGGUUGGCUCUGAGAGGCCCAGCAGGUCCCAUGGGUCUGACAGGGAGGCCAGGACCCAUGGGACCCCCAGGCAGUGGAGGACUAAAGGGAGAAGCUGGAGAAAUGGGACCACAGGGUCCACGAGGCAUCCAGGGCCCUCCUGGUCCAGCAGGAAAACCAGGGCGCAGGGGACGAGCUGGCAGUGAUGGUGCCCGGGGAAUGCCAGGCCAGACAGGACCAAAGGGUGACCGUGGGUUUGAUGGCUUGGCUGGUCUGCCUGGUGAGAAGGGAAACAGAGGUGAACCAGGUCCCCACGGACCCCCAGGGGCACCUGGAGAGGAUGGGGAGAGGGGAGAUGAUGGAGAAGUUGGACCCAGAGGUCUGCCUGGAGAACCUGGACCCCGUGGACUACUGGGACCAAAGGGGCCACCAGGACCCCCGGGGCCACCGGGUGUGGCUGGCAUGGAUGGACAAACAGGUCCCAAGGGGAAUGUGGGUCCUCAAGGUGAGCCAGGUCCCCCAGGACAGCAGGGUAACCCAGGGGCUCAGGGUCUUCCAGGUCCACAAGGAGCAAUCGGUCCCCCGGGAGAGAAAGGACCUCUGGGCAAACCUGGGCUUCCUGGCAUGCCUGGUGCUGAUGGGCCUCCGGGUCACCCUGGCAAGGAAGGUCCUCCUGGAGAGAAGGGGAGCCAGGGCCCCCCAGGUCCUCAGGGCCCCAUUGGUUAUCCAGGACCACGGGGAGUCAAGGGAGCAGAUGGUGUUCGUGGAUUGAAAGGCACGAAAGGUGAAAAGGGUGAAGAUGGCUUCCCUGGCUUCAAAGGUGACAUGGGCAUCAAAGGAGACAGGGGGGAAAUUGGCCCUCCUGGUCCCCGAGGUGAGGAUGGUCCAGAAGGUCCCAAAGGUCGCUCUGGCCCCAAUGGAGAUCCUGGUCCUCUUGGUCUUGCUGGAGAGAAGGGAAAACUUGGAGUUCCAGGACUGCCUGGCUACCCGGGCAGGCAGGGCCCAAAGGGCUCAAUUGGCUUCCCAGGAUUUCCAGGAGCCAACGGAGAGAAGGGCACACGGGGCACACCUGGCAAACCAGGUCCAAGGGGGCAGCGUGGUCCCACGGGUCCACGUGGGGAGAGAGGCCCUAGGGGAAGCACUGGGAAACCUGGCCCAAAGGGCAACUCUGGUGGUGAUGGCCCCCCUGGUCCUCCUGGUGAAAGGGGACCACCAGGGCCUCAAGGACCGACUGGAUUUCCUGGACCAAAAGGGCCCCCUGGUCCUCCUGGGAAGGAUGGGUUGCCUGGUCACCCUGGCCAGAGAGGAGAAACUGGUUUCCAAGGCAAGACUGGCCCCCCAGGACCCCCUGGUGUUGUAGGCCCUCAGGGUCCAACUGGUGAGACUGGGCCAAUGGGUGAGCGAGGACAUCCAGGCCCUCCGGGUCCCCCAGGUGAACAAGGUCUUCCUGGCCUCACUGGAAAAGAAGGAACAAAGGGAGACCCUGGUCCUGCUGGCCUUCCAGGGAAGGAUGGUCCCCCAGGCUUACGAGGCUUCCCAGGAGAGAGAGGGCUCCCUGGCCCCAUUGGUUCUCCAGGGCUGAAAGGCAACGAAGGUCCCCCGGGCCCCCCAGGUCCAGCAGGUUCUCCUGGUGAACGUGGUCCUGCAGGAUCAGCUGGCCCAAUAGGCUUGCCAGGGAGACCUGGCCCCCAGGGGCCUCCAGGACCUGCAGGUGAAAAGGGAGCCCCAGGUGAGAAGGGUCCCCAAGGACCAGCUGGCCGGGAUGGCAUCCAGGGCCCAGUGGGACUGCCAGGGCCAGCAGGUCCUGUUGGACCCCCUGGAGAAGAUGGGGACAAGGGGGAGAUCGGGGAGCCUGGCCAGAAGGGCAGCAAGGGUGACAAAGGGGAGCAGGGCCCACCAGGUCCCACCGGUCCCCAGGGUCCUAUCGGUCAACCUGGGCCAGCUGGUGCUGAUGGAGAGCCAGGUCCCAGGGGACAGCAAGGCCUCUUUGGUCAGAAAGGUGAUGAAGGACCUCGAGGUUUCCCUGGUCCCCCCGGCCCUGUGGGCUUGCAGGGCUUGCCUGGGCCACCUGGGGAAAAGGGAGAGACUGGUGAUGUUGGGCAAAUGGGCCCCCCAGGCCCACCUGGACCCAGAGGUCCAUCUGGACCACCAGGAGCAGAUGGUCCACAGGGUCCUCCCGGGGGAAUAGGAAAUCCUGGUGCAGUAGGAGAGAAGGGUGAACCUGGUGAAUCUGGUGAGCCUGGUCUUCCCGGAGAGGUUGGCCUCCCAGGUCCCAAAGGUGAAAGAGGGGAAAAGGGGGAAGCAGGUCCCUCUGGUGCUGCUGGACCACCUGGUCCCAAAGGUCCACCAGGUGAUGAUGGUCCCAAGGGCAGCCCUGGUCCAGUUGGUUUCCCUGGUGACCCUGGUCCUCCUGGAGAACCUGGUCCAGCUGGUCAAGAUGGUCCCCCUGGUGACAAAGGAGACGAUGGCGAACCUGGACAGACUGGUUCCCCUGGUCCCACGGGAGAGCCAGGCCCCUCCGGACCUCCAGGAAAAAGGGGCCCUCCUGGUCCUGCUGGUCCUGAAGGGAGGCAAGGAGAGAAAGGAGCCAAGGGUGAAGCUGGUUUGGAAGGACCUCCUGGGAAGACUGGUCCCAUUGGUCCCCAAGGUGCUCCAGGGAAGCCCGGCCCCGAUGGCCUUCGAGGAAUUCCUGGGCCAGUUGGUGAACAAGGUCUCCCAGGAUCUCCUGGCCCAGAUGGUCCUCCAGGCCCAAUGGGCCCUCCGGGUUUGCCUGGUCUUAAAGGAGACUCUGGUCCUAAAGGGGAGAAGGGUCAUCCAGGUUUAAUUGGUCUUAUUGGGCCUCCAGGAGAGCAGGGAGAAAAGGGUGACAGAGGUCUCCCAGGUCCCCAGGGCUCAGCAGGACCCAAAGGAGAGCAGGGUAUCACAGGUCCCUCUGGACCAAUUGGACCUCCAGGGCCACCAGGAUUACCGGGUCCACCUGGUCCCAAAGGUGCUAAAGGCUCAUCAGGUCCAACAGGUCCAAAGGGUGAAUCGGGUCUUCCUGGGCCCCCAGGACCUCCUGGUCCUCCUGGAGAAGUCAUCCAGCCUCUGCCCAUCCAGUCUCCCAAGAGGACCAGACGUAACAUUGAUGCCAGCCAACUGGUGGAUGAUGGGAAUGCUGACAACUACAUGGACUAUGCAGAUGGCAUGGAGGAAAUUUUUGGGUCUCUGAAUUCCCUGAAACUGGAAAUCGAGCAAAUGAAGCAUCCCUUGGGCACUCAACACAACCCAGCAAGGACCUGCAAGGAUCUGCAGCUCUGUCACCCCGACUUCCCAGAUGGUGAAUACUGGGUUGAUCCUAACCAAGGAUGCUCCAGGGACUCUUUCAAAGUUUACUGUAAUUUCACAGCUGGUGGAGAGACUUGCAUCUUCCCUGAUAAGAAAUCUGAAGGAGCUAGAAUUACUUCUUGGCCAAAGGAAAACCCAGGCUCCUGGUUCAGUGAAUUCAAGCGCGGUAAACUGCUCUCCUACGUGGAUUCAGAUGGGAACCCCAUCGGGGUGGUGCAGAUGACUUUCCUCCGGCUCCUGAGUGCCUCAGCCCACCAGAACAUCACCUACAACUGCUACCAGUCUGUAGCCUGGCACGAUGCCACCACUGACAGCUAUGACAAGGCCAUCCGUUUCCUGGGCUCCAAUGAUGAGGAGAUGUCCUAUGACAACAACCCCUACAUCCGAGCCACCCUCGACGGCUGUGCGGCAAAGAAAGGCUAUCAGAAAACUGUCCUGGAAAUCAACACACCCAAAGUAGAGCAAGUACCUAUAGUCGACAUCAUGUUCAAUGACUUUGGAGAAGCAUCACAGAAAUUUGGAUUCGAGGUGGGACCAGCUUGCUUCAUGGGCUAAGAGCCACCUGAAAACUAAAGUCUCCAAAUGAGCAACCUCGUAACCUCAUUGCGCCAUUUCAUUAAUUAAGGAGAAAAAAAAAAAAAAAAAAAAAAAAAAGAAAAAAGCGAAGAAAAAAAAAAA